AUGGUUGCUGAAUUUGAUCCAAUAAUAAGAGAACACAUUCGACGUGCUCAAGCACGUGAGAUUCAAUAUACAUAUCUUGGUCCUAAAAUUCAAAAUGAAUUGAUACAAACUUUGGCAGGCGAGGUGAGAAGUGCAAUUGUCACAAAAGUAAAACAUGCAAAAUAUUUUUCUGUCAUACUUGAUUGUACUCCAGAUGCGAGUCAUGAGGAGCAAAUGUCUCUAGUAAUACGAUGUGUGGAUGAAUCAAUGGACUCUUCGAUGGUACAAGAAUAUUGGAUUGAAUUUUUGAAAGUGGACGAUACAUCAGGACUGGGACUUUUCACUGAACUUACAAAUGUGUUAAUGAAUCUUGAGCUUGAUGUUGACAAUAUAAGAGGUCAAGGGUAUGAUAAUGAAGCUAACAUGAGUGGGAGACAUAAAGAAAAUAUGGAUAUUGAUGAGGCCAUCAAGCUUUUAGAAGCACUUAUUUUGUUUCUCGAAAAUUAUAGAGAAUCUGAAUUUGCCAAUGCCAUGGAUGAAGCUAAACAAAUAGCAGUUGAAAUGGGAAUUGAAGUUGUUUUUCGAGAGAAAUGUAAUAUUCGAAGAAAGAUGCAGUUUGAUGAAAGUGGCAGUGAAGAGGUAACACUAUCAGCUGAAGAAUCUUUUCGAGUUGAUUAUUUUCUCUUUAUAAUUGACCAAGCUCGAUCUUCACUUCAAACUCAAUUUGAACAAUUUAAACAUUAUGAAGAGACAUUUGGAUUUUUGUUUAAUUCGAAGAGAUUAAUGAGUAUGGAUGUUAACAGUUUGUUGAAAUCUUGUAAGAAUCUUGAGCAGUUUUUGAGCCAUAAUGGACAUUCAGAAAUUAUUGAUGAUGACUUAUGUACGGAGUUGUUAGUUUUGAAGUGCUAUCUACCUGGAGAAACAAAAAAAGCAAUUGAUGUGCUAAAUUACUUGAAGAAAAUGAAUGGUUGUUUUCCGAAUGCUUACAUUCCUUACAAGAUUUUGCUUACUAUACCGGUUACAGUUGCAUCAGUAGAAAGAAGUUUCUCCAAAUUGAAAUUGAUCAAGACUUAUCUUCGAUUAACCAUGUCACAGCAAAGAUUGAAUGGAUUAGCUAUGUUGUCCAUUUAA